AACUACAAGGGAGUCACGGUGCCUGCUAAAACGCCUAAGGUAGGAUUGUGUGCAUGUCAAAAUAAAUGUAAUUUAAAAAUAAAUGUUGAGCAACAAAGAAAACUAUUUAAAGAAUUUUAUGAUUUGGCAAAUUUUGACUUGCAAACAUCCUAUAUGUUUUCACUUAUUAAAGUAGUUUCUAAGUCUCGUACCUAUAUGACAAAUGAAAAUUCAAGAAGGCAAAAUACAAGGCACUACUACCUUUCUGAUUGUGAUGGGAAAGAGGUUUUAGUGUGUAAAAGCUUUUUUAAAAAUACUUAUGCGGUUUCCGAUGGAAGAAUAAAUAGAUUAUUAAAAAAUAAAGCUUCCGUAUCUACACCUCCAUUAGAUAGAAGAGGUCACUCUGUUUCUGCUAAUAAAACUCCUGACAAUAAAAUACAACAAAUAAAAGAAUUUAUCAACUCUAUCCCCUCAUAUGAGUCUCAUUAUUCUUUACAUAAGUCAGUAAACCGUAAAUAUUUAGCACCAGAUUUAAAUUUAAGUAUUCUUUAUUCCCUUUAUACUGAAAAGGUUUCAAAUCUUACAUCAAAAUUCAUUUUUAGUAAAGUAUUUAAUGAGGAGUUCAAUUUGAGUUUUCAUGCACCAAUUACUGAUUCUUGUAAGAGGUGUGAUGCAUUUGCUAUUAAAUUAAAAGCUUGUACUAAUGAAGUAGAAAAAGUAAGAUUAGAACAAGAUCAAAAAUUACAUCUGCUAAAAGCUGAGGUAGCUAGAGAAGGGGUCAAGAAGGAUGUAGAGUUAUAUAAAGAAGACGAAGAUGUCUGCAUAAUAUCUUUUGAUCUAAUGAAAACCCUUCCAACCCCUGUUAUCAGCACAGGCAUAUGUUAUUAUAAACGACAACUCUGGACAUACUGCCUUGGGAUACAUAACAUGAAAAAUGAUGAUGUGUUUAUGUUUACAUGGGAUGAAAGUGUAGCAUCACGUGGGCCCCAAGAAAUAGCAUCCUGCAUAUUAUACUUUCUCAAACAUAUUGUAAAAUGUAAACAUCUCAUUAUGUUCUCAGAUCAAUGUGGCGGCCAAAACCGCAAUAUUAAGAUGGCCCUUUUCUGCCAAUACAUUGUUUCUAGUUCUGAAUACACUACAAUUAAAAUUGACCAUAAAUUUCUAGUAAGUGGUCAUUCAUACAUGUCUUGUGAUCAAGACUUUGGCCUUAUUGAAAAGAAAAAGAGGUUUUUCAAAAACAUUUUUGUACUUAAAGAUUGGGAACAGGUCAUUUUAGCCGCUAGAAAGAAUAAACCAUUUAAAAUAGUAUCAAUGAAUAAAGAUUUAUUUUUUUCUUGUAAAAUUUUAGAAAAAAACAUUACUAACAGAAAAAUUGCUAUAGAUAAAGGUAAAGUGGAGUGGUUAAAAAUGCAAUGGAUUAUGUAUCAUGAAAUGCAUCCCUUCAAACUUUAUUUUAAAUAUUCUAAAGCCGCGUAUCCAUUAUGCGCUCCAAAAGGACGAACAUUGGCGCGCGUUCCAGCCGCGCGAAAUUGUUACCAUUUUGGAACGCGCGCCAAUGUGUUCGUUGGAGCGCUCGAACGCGGAGCGGUGCGAUCCGUCGUCGGUUUUUUACCACGCAUCAAUCGUGGCGCGCGCGCCAAUUGAGACGGACGCUUGUAUUUUUUUGUGUUUGUUGCGCUCCGAUUAUAAUGGAUAACCAAAGGUGCCGUAAAUUAAUACAACUGUAUGGUACGAAAGAUCUACUGUGGAAUACCACAAGUUCUUCGUAUCAUAAUAAAUCGCUUAGAGAAGAUGCUUGGAGAGAAAUCAGUAGUGAAAUGGGAGUCCCCGUGCCGGAGUUAAAAAAAAAA